UCCACCUCUGUGCUGGUGAUGUUCGUGUCUCUUUUCUUUCCAUCCGGUUUGUCCUCUCCUCUCCUGGAACGCGCUCCUCUCACACUGCCAGUGGACGAGGAGGAGGAGGAGGAGGAGAUGAGGAGAAGCUGCUGUCUCUUCUCUCCCGUCUUUCUAUCACUUUAGAAAAAGAAAAAAAAGAGAGAGAGAGAGAGAGAGAGAGAGAGAGAGAGAGAGAGAGAGAGAGCAGUCCAGACCAGAGCAACAACCUAAAGAAAGGACAUACAGGAUAUACAUACAUGUAAAAGAUACCCUACUCUUCUCCAUUCUCCUUUUCAAGGAGGGCAUUUUUCUUCCCUUUCCCCCCCUUUCCUUUUCUACCCCGAAUUUUUUCCUCUGAGAUCCCGGUUUUGUCAAUUACAGCCCCUGAACUUCUCUGGGAUUUCAGGUGAGGCACGCGUGUGUAGUGUGUGGUGCUUCUACGUCUUUUUUUGUUGCCUAUCAUGGCUCACGCGGCCUCUCAAUUGAAGAAGAAUCGGGGGGAAGUGGAUGUGAAUGCAUUAGAGGACGAGAAGGAGAAGCGGAGGAAGAGCAGGAGAGCAGCGUCCCGGGAACAAAAGAGAAAGUCUGACAGCAAUGCCAGUUACCUGCGAGCAGCCCGGGCAGGAAACCUAGAAAAGGUCCUCGACUACCUCAAGUCUGGGGUUGAGAUUAACAUUUGCAAUCAGAAUGGUCUGAACGCUCUCCAUCUAGCCUCUAAAGAGGGGCAUGUCGAGGUUGUUGCUGAGCUGCUGAAGCUGGAAGCAGAUGUGGAUUCAGCCACAAAGAAAGGAAACACUGCUCUGCACAUAGCUUCGCUGGCUGGCCAAACGGAAGUCGUCAAAGAGCUAGUCACAAAUGGAGCCAAUGUCAACUCACAAUCACAGAAUGGCUUCACUCCUCUGUACAUGGCCGCCCAGGAGAAUCACCUGGAGGUGGUACGGUUCCUUCUGGAGCACAGCGCUAGCCAGAGUAUGGCCACUGAGGAUGGCUUCACUCCUCUGGCGGUGGCCCUCCAGCAGGGCCAUGACCAGGUGGUCUCCUUGCUGCUGGAGAACGAUACAAAGGGCAAGGUACGCCUGCCUGCCCUGCACAUCGCUGCCCGCAAGGAUGACACCAAGGCCGCGGCCCUGCUCCUGCAGAACGACCACAACGCAGAUGUUGAGUCCAAGAUGAUGGUGAAUAGAACAACAGAGAGUGGUUUCACCCCCCUCCACAUCGCGGCUCACUAUGGCAACAUUAACGUGGCCACGCUUCUGCUGAACAGAGGAGCUGCUGUGGACUUCAUGGCUCGGAAUGACAUCACACCGCUUCAUGUGGCUUCAAAAAGGGGCAACAGCAACAUGGUCAAGUUGUUGCUGGACAGAGGGUCCAAAAUUGAUGCAAAGACCAAGGAUGGUCUGACACCUCUUCACUGUGGGGCGAGGAGCGGGCACGAGCAAGUGGUAGAGAUCCUACUAGACCGAGGAGCUCCUUUCCUCUCCAAGACCAAGAACGGGCUAUCACCGCUCCACAUGGCCACUCAGGGGGACCACCUCAACUGCGUCCAGCUACUGCUCCAGCACGACGUGCCGGUGGACGACGUCACCAACGAUUACCUGACGGCGCUGCACGUUGCCGCCCACUGUGGUCACUACAAGGUGGCCAAGCUCAUCGUGGACAAGAAGGCCAACCCAAACGCCAAGGCUCUGAACGGUUUCACUCCGCUUCACAUCGCCUGCAAGAAGAACAGAGUAAAAGUAAUGGAGCUGUUGCUUAAACAUGGAGCCUCUAUCCAGGCUGUCACUGAGUCUGGCCUAACGCCCAUCCAUGUGGCAGCCUUCAUGGGCCAUGAGAACAUUGUCCAUGCACUGACACACCACGGAGCCUCACCUAACACGACCAAUGUACGAGGAGAGACAUCUCUCCACAUGGCAGCCAGGGCAGGUCAGGCAGACGUGGUCCGAUACCUGCUCAAGAACGGAGCCAAGGUGGAGACCAAGUCCAAGGACGACCAGACAGCGUUGCACAUCUCCAGUCGGCUGGGGAAGGUCGACAUUGUCCAACAGCUGCUGCAGUGCGGCGCCUCUGCCAACGCCGCCACCACCUCAGGCUACACCCCCCUUCACCUGGCUGCCCGCGAAGGACACCAAGACGUUGCUGUGAUGCUGCUGGAGAACGGAGCCUCGCUCUCCUCCUCGACUAAGCAGAAAGGGUUCAGUCCCCUGCAUGUGGCAGCAAAGUACGGAAAGAUGGAGGUAGCCAGUCUCCUCCUACAGAAGAGAGCUCCGCCUGAUGCUGCUGGAAAGAGUGGGCUAACUCCACUGCAUGUAGCCGCUCACUACGAUAAUCAGAGAGUAGCACUGCUGCUGCUGGAUCAGGGAGCUUCCCCACACGCUGCCGCCAAGAAUGGCUACACGCCGCUCCACAUCGCUGCCAAAAAGAACCAAAUGGACAUUGGGACCACGCUGCUGGAGUACGGCGCCGACACCAACGCAGUGACGCGACAAGGCAUCAGCCCCAUUCACCUAGCAGCUCAGGAGGGCAGCGUGGACCUGGUGUCCCUGCUGCUGACCAAGAACGCUAACGUCAACAUGUGCAAUAAGAGCGGACUUACACCACUCCACUUGGCAGCCCAGGAGGACAAGGUUAAUGUGGCAGAAGUCCUUCUCAACCACGGGGCUGAUGUCAACCCACAAACGAAGAUGGGUUACACUCCGCUGCACGUGGCCUGUCACUAUGGCAACGCAAAGAUGGCAAACUUCCUGCUGCAGAACCACGCCAGAGCCAACAGCACAACCAAGAACGGGUACACUCCUCUACACCAAGCAGCUCAGCAGGGCCACACCCACAUCAUCAACCUGCUGCUUCAGCGCGGGGCCAUGGCCAACGAGCUCACCGUGAAUGGGAACACUGCACUAUCAAUCGCCCGUCGUCUUGGAUACAUCUCUGUGGUGGACACUCUGAGGCCCGUGACGGAUGAAAACCUGACCACCAUGAGUGCAUCAGAAAAACACAAAAUCAAUGUCCCAGAGACCAUGAAUGAGUUCCUCGACAUGUCCGACGAUGAAGUCCGGGCCAAUGUGCCAGAAAUUCUCAAUGAGGAGUCUUUUUCAGAUGUUGAUGAAGGUGAGGAUGCGUUGACCGGGGACACGGACAAAUACCUGCGGCCUCAGGACCUCAAAGAGCUGGGGGAUGACUCUCUCCCUCAGGAGGGGUACAUGGGUUUCAGCAUAGGAGCCCGCUCAGCCAGCCCUAGACUCAGCCUCCGCUCCUUCAGUUCGGAUAGGUCCAACACACUCAACCGGAGCUCCUAUGCACGGGACAGCAUGAUGAUCGAAGAGAUUCUGGCGCCCACAAAGGACACGCUUCAGAGUGUCUGUAAAGACAUUUCCUACUUGGUUGACCCACUCAAUAAGCACCUGGCCGUGACCAGUGACUACAGCUCUGAGUGUAUGCGGCGCUACAGCUGGACUCCGGACACCAUGGACCACAGCCACAACACUGUGUCCAGUCCCAUUCACUCUGGCCUCUCCUCCCCGCUCCCUCAGUAUGACUCCAGGUUCUUGGUCAGCUUCAUGGUGGAUGCCCGAGGUGGCUCCAUGAGAGGCAGCCGCCACAACGGCAUGCGCAUCAUCAUCCCUCCGAGGAAGUGCACGGCACCCACACGCAUCACCUGUCGCCUGGCCAAAAGGCACAAGCUGGCCUACCCCCCACCCAUGGUGGAGGGAGAGGGGCUGGUCAGCCGGCUGGUGGAGGUUGGACCAGCUGGGGCUCAGUUCCUCGGUCCUGUGAUUGUGGAGAUCCCUCAUUUUGGGUCCAUGCGGGGGAAAGAGAGGGAGCUGAUUGUGUUGAGGAGUGACAAUGGUGACACGUGGAAGGAGCACCAGUCUGACGCCAGACCAGAAGACCUCUUUGAGCUGCUUACGGGAAUGGAUGAAGAGCUGGACAGUCCUAUCGAGUUGGAGAAGAAGCGCAUUUGCCGCAUCGUCACCAGCGAUUUCCCUCAAUAUUUUGCCGUGGUGUCGCGGAUCAAGCAGGAGUCUAACCACAUGGGUCCCGACGGAGGCAUGCUGUCCAGCAGCACCGUGCCCAUGGUCCAGGCCUCGUUCCCACAGGGGGCGCUCACCAAGAAGAUCCGUGUUGGCCUGCAGGCCCAGCCUGUGCCAGACGACAUGGCGAGGGCGAUCCUCGGAAACAGAGCCACCUUCAGCCCCAUCGUCACUGUUGAGCCAAGGAGGAGGAAGUUCCACAAGCCGAUCACUAUGACGAUCCCCGUACCGCCUCGAUCGGCAGAAGGCCAUCCCAGCGGCAACCGAGGCGACGCUGCACCCUGCCUGCGUCUGCUCUGCAGCAUCACAGGAGGGACGUCCCCAGCCCAGUGGGAGGACAUCACAGGGACCACACCGCUGUCCUUUGUUACCGAUUGCGUCUCCUUCACCACAAAUGUGUCGGCCAGGUUCUGGCUCGCAGACUGUCACCAGAUUCCUGAGACGGUGAGUCUAGCGUCUCAGUUAUACCGGGAGCUGAUCUGCGUGCCGUACCUGGCCAAGUUUGUGGUGUUCGCCAAGAUGAACGACGCUAUUGAGGCUCGGCUGCGCUGCUUCUGCAUGACAGACGACAAAGUGGACAAGACCCUCGAGCAGCAGGAGAACUUUGAGGAAGUGGCCCGGAGCAAAGAUAUCGAGGUUCUCGAGGGCAAGCCCAUCCACGUGGAUUGCUAUGGCAAUCUGUCCCCUCUCACCAAAAGUGGGCAACAGCUGGUUUUUAACUUCUUCUCCUUCAAGGAAAACAGGCUUCCUUACAACGUGAAGGUCAGAGAUAUGGGCCAGGAGCCAUGUGGCCGCCUCUCCUUCCUGAGAGAGCCAAAAUCCAGUAAAGGCCUUCCACAGACUGCCAUAUGCAAUUUGAAUAUCACACUGCCAACCCACAAGAAGGAUAUGGAGUCUGAUCCUGAUGAUGAGACUGAAAAGCCAGAACGACGUCAUACCUUUGCCUCCUUAGCUUUGCGUAAGCGCUACAGCUAUUUGACCGACCCAGCAGCGAAAACAACUGAUCGGAGCUCGCCGAGAACACAGCCUUCUAGCUACCCUCACAAACCUGUCUUUUCAACGAGAUCUUAUCAGGCGUGGUCGCCUGUUCCUGUCGCCGUCCCUGGCCAAGCCAAGUCUGGGUUUGGCUCCCUCUCCAGUUCGUCAUCCAACACGCCCUCUGCCUCUCCAUUAAAGUCUGUCUGGUCCAUCAACUCUGCCUCCCCCAUCAAGACCAACAUCCCGGGAUCACCUGCCUCUUCCGUAAAGUCAGUUAGUGACAUGGCCUCUCCCAUCCGAUCUUACAGAACCCUCUCCUCUCCUAUAAAAACUGUAGUCCAGCAAGCCCAGUACCCAGUGCAGGUCAGCCCCAGUCACCUGCCCUCACCAGGUAGAAGCACCCCAGAUACGAUAUCCAUGAAAGGACUGGCAGCAUUGUCUGCUAGGACCUCCCCCAUAACUGUCUCUGGAGGAGGAAGCCCUCUUCUUGAGAGAACAUCGAUAAGCAUGACCCCUCCAACCUCUCCCAAAUCUUCUCUGAGUAUGUUCAGUUCACCCCUGCCAUACAAGACCAUAAUGGGGAGCUCUUGUGGCACAGGAUCUUCCUCCUCACCCAUAAAAACAGUCCCUGGUCUCUCCUCUGUGCGUUCCUUUGCCUCAGACGUCACUGGCCCUGCAAGAAACCUGUUCUCCUCACUUUCGUCACCACUUAAAUCAAACACCCCACCAAGUGCUGCAGCUCUGAUCAAUGGAACUGUGUCACCUACACAGUACCGCUCUUCAUCCCCAACAUCUCUUCUCGCAAACAGUCUUCAAGAGAGAAUACAAGCAACCACCAACGCUGCGACUACAAGUGUCAAUGCAGCUUUUGAUGAGGUUGAAAAAACAUUCAAUUCUUGUUCUGCAGGCUAUGGCACCUUGAAGUCCUUGUCCUCUUCAGCAUCCUCCUCAUAUCAGUCCAUUAGAUCAUCAGCUUCUAAUUCCCUUUAUGCCUCUCUGAGAUCCCCUCCUAACACCACCACUGCUGUAACAUCCAGUACAAUGACUGUUCCGGUGUACUCUGUUAUUAAUGUGCUGCCUGAGCCCCAAUUUAAAAAGUUACCUGAGGUAUCCAAGCCAGCUGCUGCCCUUUUGUCCCCGCGGAAGGCGGUGCCCGUUGAGGUGAAUGCUCAGAUGCAGUCUUCCUUUGCCAGAACUCUCUCCCCAAUCAAAGGGCCUCAUUUUUCUGCUGGCCUCAAAUCAAACACCACAUCACCACUUUCUUCCAGCCAAGAGAUUCUGAAAGAUGUAGCCGAAAUGAAAGAGGACUUGAUACGAAUGUCAGCCAUUUUGCAGACGGACCCAAAUUCCACAGCCAAUAAAGGAUUUCAGUCUGAUUCUUCAAAAGAGGCUAGGAUAGAGGAUGAGGAGCCAUAUAGAAUUGUGGAGAAAGUAAAACAAGAUUUGGUAAAAGUGAGCGAAAUCCUUACCAAAGGCGCUGGGAAGGAUGGUAGGGUUUCCCUUGCAAGAGGUUCUUUGGAUGACAUACACUUUUCAAAAGUACAAGUCGAACAACCACCAAGCAACUGGAGCUAUCCACCAAGAUAUGAGACUGUGGUUCCUCAAGCAAAAUCAAAAACAAUACCAGAUAGAGAUUUCAAUCUCUCCAAAGUGGUUGACUACCUGGCCAAUGAUGUUGGGAGCAGCUCUUUCUCCAAAAUGCAUGACACAAAACAUAAAGCAGAUGAGGGAAAGAGAGAAGGAGAGGGCAAGGAGAAGCAGAAACGUGUCCUUAAACCCACAAUAGCAGUUCAGGAGCAUAAGCUCAAAAUGCCUCCAACAAACAUGCGCUCAUCAGCUUCAGACAGAGAGAUCAGUAAAGUAGCAGAUGCGCUUUUUGGUGCAGACACUGUGCUCGACUCCCCUGAUGAUAUCUCACAUGAACAGGAUAAAAGCCCCCUCUCAGACAGUGGAUUUGAGACCCGGAGUGAAAGGACACCCUCUGCUCCUCAGAGUGCUGAGGGCAUGGGCCCCAAGGCCCUUUUUCAGGAUAUCCCAGUUCCCCCAGUAAUCACUGAAACUAGGACUGAGGUUGUUCAUGUCAUCAGGAGCUAUGAGCCCCCAGAGGAUAACAACCAACCUGCAAUGGAGGAUGCACAUCCUGUCAGAUACAUUGAUUCAGAUUCUAAAGGGCAUCAAGCUACAUCAACUCCAGAUCAGAAUAAAUGCUAUUCAAUAAAGGUCAGCCCUGAUGAGGAUCCAAUGGGAAAAGGGAUGAGGGUAAAGGAGGAGACUCACAUCACUACCACCACAAGGAUGGUGUACCACAAACCACCUGGCAAAGAAGCAUCAUCGGAGAGGUGUGAGGAAACUAUGUCUGUGCAUGAUAUAAUGAAGGCUUUUCAGUCAGGCAAAGACCCUUCUAGAGAGCUGGCUGGACUGUUUGAACACAAGUCUGGCAAUGAGGAAGCAUCACAAAGAGUCCUCGAGGACAUCAACUCCAAACCUAAGGUUGAAAGAAUAAUUGAGGUUCACAUUGAAAAAGGCAAUAAAACAGAACCAACAGAGGUCAUCAUCAGAGAGACAAAAAACCAUGCAGAGAAGGAAAUGUAUUACUACCCAGGGACUAGACAGGAAGAGGAUGAGCCUGAGGAAUCACUUCCAGUGUACCUUGACUCCCCCAGAGUGAACACACCCAUGUCACAAGAGGAAGACAGUCGCCCUAGUUCAGCCCAGCUCAUGGCAGAUGACUCUUACAAAACACUGAAGCUACUUAGCCAGCAAUCUGUAGAGUACAAUGAUGAUGAAGCAUCAGAGCUUAGGGGAGAAUCUUAUAAUUUUGCGGAGAAAAUGCUACUCUCUGAGAAAUUUGACCAGUCUCAUUCUGACACAGAAGAAUAUCUGAGAGAUAGGUCUCGCUUCCACUCACCAGACAGAAGCAGUCACAGUGAGGGUAGAUCAGUUGGACCAAGGACAGAGUAUGUCUUUAGAUCGUCGAGAAAUGUGUUUGACAAAUCUGGCAGAAUGGCCAAUGUUGAUGAUAACUUUGACAAACUGACACUUUUGCAGUAUUCGUCUGAGCCUGGUAGCCCAAAACAAUCAGUUUGGAUGCGUGUGUCAGAUGACACACAGAGUAAGGAGAGAGAACAGCUUAUGUAUGAGGACAGAGUGGACAGGACUGUAAAGGAGGCAGAGGAAAAACUCAGUGAGGUAUCUCAAUUCUUUCGUGAUAAAACAGAACAGCUCAAUGAUGAGCUCUCGUCUCCAGAAAAGAAAUCUCGAAGACCAGACUUCAGAGAAUCACGAUCCGGGCCCAGUUCUACACACAGCAGUCCAGAAAGGUCAGCUUAUAGGAAUGGAGGUAGUGGGGAAGAGUGGAGUAGAGAAAGGCUUAGAGACAGGUUCAGCUCCAGUGACAGGAAAUGUGCCAGUUUGCCCAGCAGUCCAGAGAGGAGAGUAUUGCUGCAGUACAGCGAAUCAGACCCAAGACAACAAGGAGAUACUAAAUCACAGGGGAGCACAGGUGAAAACCCUAAACCUUUUCAAAUGUCUUCCUCCAAAGUCAGUGCAGUGAGGCUAAAGUUUGAACAAGAGGCUCAAAGGCAAGAUAGGGGUCCUCAGAGUGGCCAAAAUUCAAAUCCUCCUAUCAGGAAACUCCAGGAAAGUAAGCUACCUGUGUAUCAAGUGUUCGCUGGUCCAAACAUUCCAAAAACACCAGACAGUCCGGGAAUACAUAGAAGACGUCUAGAUAGUGAAUCAAACAAGUUCUCACCCAAGCAUGAGACCAGUGGAAAAGAUCAGGAAGAAAAAAAGGUAUUCAAAACAUGGGAGAGCCAAGACUACGGGAACUAUAAACCCCAAUCUCCCAAAUUAUCUCAGUCUUCUAUCCAUGAUUCUAUAAAAGAUGGCAAUAAUAGUGAUUCGCAAAGACAAGAAACCACCAAGAAAAUAAUCUACACAGAAUUCGUUGUCCAAGAAAGUCCAAAUAGCAAUGAUAGUCUAAAAAAAAACUCGGAAUCACAAAUUCCUAUAAGAAAGCCAUCUAAUUUCUCCGAAAAUCCCAAAUCCACCAUUUUAAAAUCAGAAGCCCCUGUUGAACCCCAUGAGAGGGCAGGGUCUCAUAUACCUACUUUAGCUAGAAAUCGGUUACACAGUAGCUCUGACUCCAACAAGUCUACUCGUGGAUCAUCACUAGGAAAAUCAACAGACUCAUCAGACGGUAGCCUGUCGAAUGUUGUGUGCAACGGUGUUGAUAGUGACCAAGUAGAUUAUUUGGAUGACUUAACUCUUGCAGUUGUCACAGAGGGUUUCAAAGAUAUUAAACCCUUACCUGUGUAUGUUAGCAUCCAAGUAGGAAAGCAGUAUGAAAAAGAAACUGCCUCGGGGCAGCUGGGAACAUACAAAAAGAUAGUAAGCCAUGAGAGUAGGACAGUGCAUGAGACUAGGGGUGGAUUUUACACUGUCAAGCAAAAGCAGUCUCUAUCUCCUCAAGGAAGUCCAGAAGAUGACCCUCUAGAACAAAUAACUUUCUUGGACAGCUCUGGUAAAAGUCCUGUUAUCCCCGAGACUCCCAGCUCAGAGGACGUGAGUCUGGCCUCAAGAACACCAGACUCUGUGAUAGGCUUCAUGCCUGGCAUGCCAAGCCCUAUCCCAGAGGAGUCUGAGGAGGAGGAAGGGAAGACCUUCAUCUACAAGGGACCCUCGAAGGAAAAAUCAAAGCCAGCUUCAGAAAAUCACAGUAGAAAACAGGAUACAGAGAGACAGAAGUCAAGGGGUAAAAGAGUGGCUUACAUAGAGUUUCCACCUCCUCCUCCUUUAGAGGCAGAGCAGUCUGACCCUGAGAAAAGGGGUUCUUGUGCUUCUUCUGAGGCAGAGACCGACAUGAUAGAGGUGAACCUGCAAGAGGAGCAUGAUAGGCACCUCUUAGCCGAGCCUAUCAUCAGGGUCCAGCCUCCAUCCCCUAUUCCCCCUGGAGCUGAUAACAGCGACUCCAGUGAUGAUGAGUCUGUCUUCCAUCCCAUACCUGUCAAAAAGUACACUUUCAAGAUGAAGGAAGAGGGAGAGAAACAGCCCACAAAAUCACAGAAAAACAGAAAUGAUAGGGAGUCUGAGAUCAAUGGUGUUGUAAAGGAGGAGGAUGCUGACUUUGACCAAAAUGGCAAUGACCAGUCAAUCACUGACUGCUCCAUAGCAAGCACUGCUGAGUUCUCCCAUGACACAGAUGCUACUGAAGUCGACUCUUUAGAUGGGUAUGACCUUCAGGAUGAGGAUGACGGACUGAGCGAGGACCCUAAAACAUGUAGUCUGUCCAAUGAUGGGAAAACAACCGACCGCUCAUUUACUCAAUCCAAGCUUGAAGUGAUAGAGGAAGAGAAAUGUGAGGAAGGGGGGGAUAAUGGAAAGACUAAAACCAACACAUCCUCAGCCAGUGGAGAUGAGAAAGAUUAUACCCUUGAAGGAAGACAUCCAGAAAGGCAGACCUUAGCAGAAAACUACUUUGGCUACCAACUUGAAGAGGAGCUGAAUUCAACCUUUAAAACUGUUGCCACCAAAGGCCUGGACUUUGACCCCUGGUCAACCAAAGGGGGUGAUAAUGAUGGAGUUUUUGAGUCCAAAACAAAAGAUGAGGACCCCAAGCCCUUUGGUUUGUCGGUGGAUGACAAAUCACAGGCUACAACACCUGACACAACCCCUGCUCGAACACCGACUGAUGAGAGCACACCGACUAGUGAGCCUAACCCCUUCCCGUUCCACGAAGGGAAGAUGUUUGAGAUGACCCGCAGUGGUGCUAUUGACAUGAGCAAGCGGGACUUUGUUGAAGAGAGGCUUCAGUUUUUCCAGAUUGGUGAGCAUUCCUCUGACCCUAAAACAGGGGAAAAAGGGAGAGGGGGCAAGAUCCUGGGGGUAAUUUCCUCUCAGUCAGGGGAGAGGGCCACAGUAGAUAUAGAUACUAUCACAGACAGCAGCACAACACCAGCAGCAACAACAACAACAACAGCAAAAUGCAGCACUGCACAGCCUGGCAGUGACACUGGCUAUACCGGUACUGAUGCCCCCACCUGUGAAGCCAUAGCUGAGACCGCCUCCUCAUGCACAAUCACAGCAUCUAAGGUUGAUCCCAAAUUACGCACUCCUAUUAAGAUGGGCAUAGCUGCCUCUAUAACUGUGAAAAAAGACUCAGGGGAUCUCACCGAUUGUAAAGCUGAGAUGUCAGAGGGUCAGAUGGUGCCAGAAUACAUCAGUAUAGAGGGUCAGUGUACAGAGAGCCAGUCUAGCAGACACACUGAGCCCAAUUUAGAGAGAAGAGAUUUCCCUUCUGAAAACUGCAACAACAACAAUAACCUUGAGUCCUCCAGUGUUCAGGCCAACUACAUUCAAUGUGGUAGUGUGGUGUUUAACUUGCAGUCCUCCUCUGAGCCCACUCUUCAAAAAGCUAGCAGGAUAGAAACACUGUGCUGUAGGGACGUAGAAGAGAGAGUGGAAGUACACAGCAGCAGUCAAGUGCAGGAGCAGAAAAGUGAAACUGUAAAAGAAAGUGAAGUGAAGCAGCCCAAGUCAAGGCUUCCAGUUAAAGCAUCAGGUUGGUCGUUUCACACGCAGGGAACAGCCAUAGGCAAACAGAAGCCCAAACAACCAGUGAAGGUUGAGGUCAGGAAGAGACGAAAGCCAGCCAUAGCCAAAGUAGAACCCAGGUCUAGAAUACCAAUCAAGGAUGUUAAAAAGAGCAGCCCUGCUGCCACAGCUAGUUCACUUAUUUCAGUUCGGGUUACCUCACAGCCAACGAGGGCAUUGGACACAGGGAGAGCAGCCAUACAGUUGCCCACAAGGCUACCAUUGAAGGAUAGACAUCAGGUCAGUAAUGUAAAAAGUGAGGGAGCAUGUAGACAGGACAGACAGGAGAACCCUAGUGAGGUUUGUAAGCGCACAAUCGAAUACUUUAAAGGCAUUAGCGGGGAGACGCUAAAGUUGGUGGACCGCCUGUCAGACGAGGAGAAAAAGACGCAGACAGAGCAGUCGGAGGAAGACAGCACCUCCCGGAGCACCUCUCUGUCGGACGCCUCCCAGCCUUCCCAGCCCUCCCAGCCCUCCCAGCCCUCCCGCUCAUCCAGGUCUGGUAGAGGUUCGAGGGCUGAGGCCGGGGCCGCGUCCGUAAGGGCAAAGGUGGCGACGACGGACAGGGCCUCCGGCAGUGAGAGGAGCAGGAGGAGUAGGCGGACUGGUGGGAAGGAGGGCAGUCAGGGACUCACAGGGUCUCGAACGCCUCCCAUCGCGGAGAUCAAGCCUAGUCCCCAGAGUCCCUGUGAGCGAACAGACUUGCGCAUGGCUAUCGUGGCAGAUCACCUGGGACUCAGUUGGACAGAGAUGGCUCGGGAGAUGAACUUCACAGUGGAUGAGAUCAACCACGUCAGGCUAGAGAACCCCAACUCUCUGACAGCCCAGAGCUUCAUGCUACUUAAGAAAUGGGUCAGUCGGGAAGGAAGAAACGCCACAACGGAUGCCUUAACGUCAGUGCUGACCAAAGUCAAUCGGAUGGAUAUUGUGACUUUACUGGAGGGCCCAAUAUUUGACUAUGGUAACAUUUCAGGCACGAGAUGUUUUGCCGAUGAUAACGCUGUUUUCCGGGAUCAGGCUGAUGAUUAUCAGAGCAUUCUAGCGGAGCUGCAGUCCCCCGCCGCACUGCACUCUAACACCAACUUCUUGGAGCCCGAACUCCCCGUCACCCCCAACCCUUCCCUUGCCCACGACCAGCACCACCAUUACCCAGAACCAGACACCCCUUUGCUGGCUGACUCCCAGCCUCAGCCCCUGCCCUGGAGCCCGGAGAUAGAGCCAGGUAGCAGAGAGCCGGACAGCCCCCCUAGGAGCCCCCCCAGACCCUGUGAGCUGGCCCUGUCUGUCCCAGUCUUUGUACUCCCUGAUCCUGUUCCUCCCAAGAUCAUAAAGCCCCACAUCGCUCUGAACGACCAGCUGCUUUUGAGCGAGGAGGAGGACAGGUCUUUUCAAGAAAUGGAGCUUAGCCACAAGCCCAAGUCACACUCCCUCCCUGCGAUGUGUGAGUUAGACAUCGACAUGGCUUACUCCACAUCUUCCCCUUCAUUCUCAUCAGUAUCAUCAAUAACCCCUUCAUCGCCCGGCAGAGCACAAAUGGGAGAUGGCGGAGUGCAGAUGAGUUCCCCCGAUGUAUCCCAGGAGGAUUUAUGUUUUAAACGUUGUGAAAAGGAAGUGACAGAGGAAAUGGAGAAGGUUGUUGAGAUGGUUGCAGCAGAAUUAGCGAAGGGAAAUGGAUUUGUGGAAAAGUGGGUAGAGCAGGACUUGAUUAAAAAUGUGGAAAGAAAAUGUGAGAUGAUAACAAAAGAUAGGUCUACACUGGCAGAGGAGAAUAACAUUUUGAAGGAACAGAAGGAGGGUUUUGCAGAGGAAGAGAAAGAUGUGAUGAAUGAUGGGAAUAAGGGGGCAGCCUGCGAGGUGGAGGCGCAGAAUCUGUCAGAGGAGCAGCAUAAUAUUAUAGAAACUGGGCAUGAAGUGGAAAAAGGUUGUACCACAAUAGAGGCAGAGGCUGUCAAAGAGGGUAUAAAUGAAACCGCUGAGGUUCAAAAGGUUGAUGGGGGCAGUGGGGAAAGGGUCUACCAGGAUGACACAGAUGGACAACUGCAGUUUAAAGAUGAAGAAGGGUUGUGUGGCAGUGAAAGAGAUAUUUGUGGGACAAAAGAAGGGGACCAGGCAGCCCAGGAGCAAGCCGUUGCUCCCGUCUCCCCUCAGGACUGGGUUGAGGCUCUUGGGGAACGUCAGCCCAGUGAGUCUGAAUCCAGUGAGGAAGAAGAGGAGGGAAACAGAGACAAAGAAAUCACAGAAGAGGCCUCUCUGUUGGAGGAGGUGGAGAAAGAAGAAGGCUCAGAGGAGAAGGAGGAGGACAGAGAGAUGACCGAGGCCAGUGUUCAGGAGAUUCUUGAUCAGGUUGAACAGGCAGAAAAAGAAGUGUGUUCACUUUCAGGUUGGCACAGUGAUUCAUCCAGCGUCAAUGUGGAACCACCAACGCCAGGCCGCAGUGUCAGCUCAGACCGGCUCGACAGGCGGGAAAGCCAAGAGAACUCCAGUGACUCCAUCACUUCCUCGUCUAGGGGCGAAUCAGGGAGGUCGCGACAGAACGGCAACAACUCAAAGCACUCACCUCAGGACCGCUCAUCGGGAUCAUCGAAUGGCAGAAAGGAAGAGGGAGCACUCGUAUCGGAGAAAAAAGUCCAGCAAGGAGAAGGGUCAAGGAAUAGCAGACGAAAGGAUGACAGAAGAUCAGGGGACAAAAAGCUACACUCAUAGGGAUGGUUGUGCUCUACCAGAGGUACAGGAACAGAGUCAGAUGUUUCCUGGGAAUAAGAGUUCAGAGGGCUAGAGAGCUUCAGUGUGACGACUUCAGGGUCCAGUCUGCAACUAUCUGCUUCAAACAAACGUUUUUUCACGUGAGAGGAGUUGACCCUUCUGACUUACGCAUGAGCAUGAGAAACUCACUUCCUGUCAAUGAUAGGACCGAGAGGUUCCGGCCUUCUGACUGUGGUGGACCCCGUGGACGAUGAUUCUGCUUCCUGUUUUGUGUGAAACGAUACGUGCCAUCGGUCCACUGGUGUUGUCAGAGCUUUGUUUGAGGAGCGUCAUUUGUUGUGAAAGCGAUAAAAGACUCCAUUACUGACGACCACACAGGUGUAACUGUGACCAAAGAUGGCACAAGAGCUCAAUCCACGAGGUGGGUGGAAAGAAUGAAGUAGACACAAAAACACAAACAAACAAAAAAUCUAAUGGAACACUUCUGAUCCAACUUCAACACUCGCCUUAUAGUUUUUUCUUGAAAACCAUUGUUGUCAGGAUGUAAAUUGUUUUGGGAUUUUUUUUUUUCUUCCUUUUUAAAACUUAUACUAACACAAAAGCUGUUUUCUGUAUAUAAAAUUACAAUGUGUAAAGUUCUUAAUAAAGCGUACGCUAGUGGUUGAGAACGCACUGAGGAGAGUAACCUUUUCAAGUGCUUUCAAAACUUAUCGAAACGGUUCCACUUUUAAAGAUUUGAGUGUAACUUCACAGGUUCUUGUAUAAUUAACUAUUAGAGCAGGUAUAAUGUUUGUACAUGAAACAAAAAAAAGCUGGUUUGAUUUUAACAAAGGAAAUUUCCAGAAAAUCUAAUUUCAUUAAUUCCCAAAGUGGGAAUGGAUCUAAUCCUACAAAAUGCAGCCUUUCAGAGUACUCAUAUUUUCAUGCAUGCUGUUCACAUUAUUUUAAGUACAACUUUUACAAGUUUGCAAACACUGUAUUCAAAUGACAAAUAAACCCCUUUAUCUGUGUACACAUAUAGCCCUAACAUUUGUCACCGAUUUUAUACUUUAAAGUGGAAAAACACUACCAUUAAAACCUUUAUCAUGUUGGGAUGAGGAUGAAAAAAGAGUUUGAUAGCUUCUUGAGGGCGUGAUGUCUUGUCUGUCUGUGUAAAACCGGAGGGCAGCUUCUGCUACAAGAACGAAGUAAUCUGAAUGUACUGCUAGUAGGCUGGCUCGCUGUAAAAUUAUAACUGUAUUGUGCGUAUUGGCUAUAAGAUGUAGGAGUCUCUGUACACUGUUAGACUGUUUGUAAUCAUUUUUGCAGUGUGUCAAUUUGGUUUUCUAACGGCUGCUGUGGCAUUAAAGGAAAACGGGGGCAUUUCAUUUUAGAUUUUUUUUUGGUGAUGUAUUUCCUUAAUUUAAAACCUACUCACAUUAAGGACACAUAAAGACAUUAUUUGAUUGUAGAUCUGAAUAGCAUAUUCUAUGACAAAAACACUGAAUGGUGAAAAACAUUGAUUUAAGCAUUAAAUAAAUUGUGUUUAACUCUGAAACAGUGUGAUCUCUUUAGGCUUGAGAGUCUGUAUAUGCAGUGUCGAAAAUUUUUACUUUACAUUAGGAAUUAUCUUUGUAUUGGUUUUCAUUAGAUGCCCAUGUAGUUCAAGUGUGGUGUUCUACUGAUGCAAUGGCUCAGUAUGCUGAUGUCUAUGCUGUGGACAUGAAAAUCAUGUGACUUUUUUUGGGGUGGGAGGGGGGGGGGGGGGAUUAUAAAGGAAGUCAGAUAGGGUGCUGUACCACAUCCCCUUAUACUACUGUGUCAAUCAGGGGGUAGACGAUCCUUUGAUAUGGUUGAACUGUCAAUUUUGUUUGAUAUGUGUUUUCACCUGAGCAGAUUUUUUGAUGUACAAUUCUUACUAACAAGAGUGAAGCCAUUGAAAUGUAACUAUUCUAGCACUUUGGUUAUUCAAGGUCUUUUAGAGGCUAUAGCAGCAAUGAUGCCACCACAAAUGUUUCAGACGUCUUUAAAAAAAAUAAAAAAUCCUAAAAAUAAAAAAAUAAAAAUGCAUUGAUUUCGCAAUA